AUGCGAGAGAACUGGAGCCUCAGAUCGUAUGACAUCAGAGAUGGUAGCACCAUCAGUAUUGAAGCAAAGUGUCGGCUCGGUAAGAAGCCAGUCAUUUAUCUAUACUUGCCCUUCGAUAUCGAUGUUUCUGUCAAGCUCUCCCUCAUUCCUGAGUGGAGUCUCUCUGUUAUCUAUCCCAUUGUUGCCACGGAAGGCCAUGGACAGCGUUUAGAAUGGAAUGUCCGCACUCAUCAAGAUGGGAGUCUGACGGAACACAAUUCCGGUUUAGAUGUGUCGUACUUGUUCUGGGAGGCGGAGACAAAUUUGCCUCAUUCACCAGCAUCAAAACCGCAACCGGUGGAUACAUUCAGUCCCACAUCCAGCAGUCUCAGCGAUACAGAUUCAGUUGUCAUUCCAGUUGACAAAAUAACUGUUUACCUCGAUAAAUCACUCAAGGUUCUGGGACUUCACACCGAAGCUAGAACAUCAUUCAUAACCUACUGGCUACCGUCUAUCCUUAAGCAUGAAUACAUUGCCCUUCGAUUCGUCCCUCAAGCAGCAUAUGAAUGCGCCGCUUCUUUAAGCAUUUCUCCGCAGCCUGACGUCGUGACUCGCGUAUUCAUGCUGUUCAGAGGUAUCUCUGAGGAGCAUUUAGCGAAUUGGAUUAACGCCCAGAUGUCAGCAGAGAGAGACGUUGCUUGGUGGGUGGAUGUAGUUGGGGUGGAUCUUGUAAGGGCCGGUGAUAUGACUUUGUUCAGGGUGUUAGAAUGGGGCGGGAUGGAGGUUCUCAUUUGA